GGAGAUGGAGGGAGAGGCAGCGGCAGAGGGGCUGGGAGCGCUUUAGGGCUAAGACACACUGCAGGAAUAAUCCAGUUUGAGGCCGCUUUCAGUGCUAGGGAAACCUGGGAAGUGUAGUUUAUUGUGGCCCCAAAGCUCUCUCUCUCUCUGACAGGGAAGGCUAAAUGUCUCACAAAACUACACUUCCCAGAAUCCCCGGCCUUGAGCCAAGGCAGUCAAAGCGAGAGCUGUGUUUACUCUCAUAAAUGCAAUAGUUUCUAGGUUCUUGCAAAAUGGCCGCAGAAGAUCUCUGCUCCAGAGGUACUGUUGCUCUUGUGACAGAGCCACAGUUUGCUCAGCUGUUCAGGAAACAUUUACAAAGGGAGGGUAUCCUGCACAGAGGCUACCGUGUGCAGAAGCUUCCUGACGGUACCUUGGCAUUGCCUGUGUUAAGCCAAAGCUUCGCGGUGCAGCACCUGCAACAGCUGAAGACAAAGAUCCCACCUGGGAGGACCUGUGCUCUGACCUGGAUCCAGAAUCCCAUUCCCUCAAAAGCGGCCAAAGUCCAGUCACCUGUCCAUAAACUCCGUAAUGAACUGCAACGCUUCACAUCAGCCUAUGGAGUCGCCUGGUCAGAAGAGUUGGAGAAAGAUCUCCCUCACUCCUGGCAGCGGCAUGGAGACUUAGUUCUGUUGAGUGAGGACAGCUUUAAAGCAAAACUGUGGAGAAACCUGGGGCAAGAGCUCUGGGAGGUGGUUGCUGGUGCUCUUGGGGCUCGGCGUUUAGCAAAGCAAGGACAUGUGCAGGCAGAUUUAUUUCGAUCCCCAACAGUGACCUUGUUACUGGGGCAGGAUGGCUGGGUUGAACACAUGGACAAUGGAAUCAGAUACAUGUUUGAUGUGACUCAGUGCAUGCUGUCUCCAGGAAAUAUCACUGAGAAACUGAGGAUUGCAUCUCUGCAGUGUGCUGGGGAAAUAGUGGUGGAUCUCUACGCAGGGAUUGGCUAUUUCACCCUGCCUUACCUUGUUCAUGCUGGUGCUGCUUUUGUCCAUGCCUGUGAAUGGAACCCCUGUGCUGUGGAAGCUUUGAAAAAGAACUUGGAACUGAAUGGUGUACAAGAUCAAUGCCAUGUUCACUUGGGAGAUAACAGAAAACUGCAACUGUGGAAUGUGGCUGACAGGGUGAAUCUGGGAUUGAUCCCUUCAUCGGAGGCAGGCUGGCCAGUUGCCUGCCAAGUUUUGCGAAAGGAUGUUGGAGGCAUCCUUCAUAUCCAUCAGAAUGUGGAAUCCUUUCCAAUAAAGGCCCUUGAACUGCCUCACAAACUAAUGCUGGAUCAGUCUGAUGAGCAACGUCUGGCACAAAGGAUGUCAAAUGGUCAAGAAGACAAAAUAGUCCAGGGAGACCACAAUAUUCUCCAGGAUGCUGGAAAGAGAACUCCAACUCCUACUGCCAAAAGUGGGUGGCAGAGGUGGGCAGAGCUCACAGCCACCCAGAUCAGGACUUUGCUGGAGGGGCUGGAUGAGAAGCCAUGGAGGACCAAAAUCCUUCACAUUGAGCAAGUGAAAUCGUAUGCUCCUCAUGUGCACCAUCUAGUUUUGGAUCUGGAGUGCCAGCCUUUUACAUAGCACUUAGGAUGUGGGCACCGAAGAAUAGCCCUAGAACAGCAUCUUCCUGCUGUGGCAGUCAGCUGAGAAUUGUGAGAAAAUAGAUUUGUGGAUACACAGUCAAGUUCCUUGUUAAGCUAGAAUCCUAUGCAUUGUUUGCCAUUUGUAAUCUCAGUCCUCUGUUAGUGUCUUCCAAUUAAGGUCAAGAAUAAAUGUACAAAUAUUGACA